AAAAAGCCGAGCGCUCUGACGGACGGUCAUCAGUCGAUCGUUUCGUUCACAUUGGACCCAUUCUAACCUGACCCAUUGAUGAGGACCCAGUAAAAGUCUUUAUAACGAUGACAGUAAUAUUGUUGAAAAUGACGUAUGUCAUCGGGUUGUGCACGUUAGUCGCUGGCGGAACGGAGCCGCAGACCAACAAGACUGAGGAGACCGUCGCGGCGACGACUACAACAGCGCCAGCGGUGACGAUAACUGACGACGGCAAAGGACAUGACAAAAGAGGCAUAUUCGACACCGGUUACGGUUACGCCGCGACUAGUUUCAGCAAUGUAGUACACGGUCAACACUUCAUGCACAGGCACGAGCAGAGAGUGAUCGCCAAGACGAUCAUCCAAGAGGUCGCCCAACCGUAUCCGGUUGAAGUCGAAAAACGCAUACCUUACCCAGUAAAGGUCGAAGUACCCGUCGACCGCCCUUAUCCAGUGCACGUGCCCAAGCCAUAUCCGGUGCACGUCGACAAGCCCGUGCCGUACGAAGUCAAAGUCAACGUGCCACAACCCUAUAUAGUCUACAAGCAAGUCCCAUACGAAGUCAAGUAUCCAGUCGACAAACCGUACACAGUUCACGUACCCCAACCAUACACUGUUUACGUCGAGAAACGUGUACCUUACGAAGUCGUCAAGCACGUCCCUUAUCCCGUUAAGGUGUUUGUCGAUAAACCGUACACUGUGCAAGUGCCAGUCGACAAACACGUCCCGUACACCGUCGAAAAACCCGUACCCUAUCCGGUUAAAGUACCAGUAGACCGCCCGUACCCGGUGACCGUCGAGAAGCACGUGCCGUAUCCCGUCGACAAACCGGUGCCAUAUCCGGUCGAGAAACCAGUGCCGUAUCCUGUCAAAGUUCCAGUAAAAGUCCACGUACCGGUACCUUACGAAGUGAACAGCCACGAACAAAAAUUAUAUGAUCAGACUCAACUUAAAGAAGAAAUAGAACAACAGCAACAGCAGUACGAAACCGAAGAACAAUCUCAACCGCAACAAUACGAACCCGAAGAACAAUCUCAACCAGAAGUACAGACACAGCCACAACAAUAUGAACCUGAAGUGCAGUCACAACCACAACAAUACGAACACGAAGAACAAUUGCAACCACAACUGCAGUAUGUAAAUGAAAUAAAAUCACAACAACGACAACUGCAAUAUAAAAACGAAGAACAGUUACAAAAACAAGAUGAUCGCAAUGAACAACCACAACAACCUGACGAACAUUCGGAACAAACACAGCAACAAGGUGGUGAACCAGAGAACGUCGAUUAUCGAUAACAGUUUUAAUUUUUAUUUUUUUUACGAGUCACAAGUUAUAGUCACAUUAUAAUGUUGUGAUUAGGUUAGAUUUUGUGUUACGGUUAACAAAACCAAAUGUAUUCAACAAUGUAUUUACAUCGGUUGAUAACGAAUAUUAUGUAUAUAGCUAUAAUAAAAUCAAAUAAAGACUUAUUUUAUAUUAAA